GUAUAUAACCUGGACAACGAUAGUGGAAAAAGUCACUUUUCUGGCAACGACUGCAGAGCCAUGAGCCGAAUUAGUGUCUUACAUUGUGUGGUGUUGCUUUCGGUUCUGUUAUGUAUUGAUCUGGCUCAAACGUUUGAACUGUCAAGUCAUGGACAGAAGGAGGCAUCUCCGAUGUGGUUCGGCCCACGUAUCGGAAGGAAGAAGAGAAAUAACGGAGAAAAAGUUUAUAGGAAUGAAAAAGAACCUGCUUUAGGGCUGUUGGAUGUUCUUAGGGAUUCGCCGUUGGUUGUAGUUGCAGUCAAUGAAGCAAAUAAGCAACACAACUUCACCCCAAGAUUAGGAAGGGAAUCUGGAGAGAACUCUCCGAACUGGAUCGAGGAUAUCGAAGUUGACUCGGAUGCUAUCGUAAGACCGUCCAACCCCUUCGCCCCCAGGUUGGGGCGUACGAGUUACAACACGUUUUCGCCAAGGUUGGGUAGAGAAAGUGAGGUUAACGUCCCGCUAAAGUAACGACCCAAGUACCGCGAAAGUACCAUUGAAUAUUUUGAAUAAUUUAAGGUGAAAAAUGUAUUUUUUAAGGAUAAGAUUUUGAAUAAACCUUUGAUGAUGA